AUGCUACUUCAAUACCUUUUCUUAAUCUGCACCCUCGCGUUCCUCGCUGUCGCCAAUACCGAGAAAACGAUCUUCAUCGCUCCGCAACCCCUCACCAUCCCCACGGUCGAUCCUACCCUCGAUGACCUAGGUCUAGAUCGUCUCUCCCCCUCUAGUCCUGUUCUCCGAACCCGAAUAAACGCUACAUUUCCGACCAACGAGUCCCCGGGUACAGACUCAUGGUAUUUCCUCGAGAACCUGAACCCCGGCAAACGGUAUGAGGUGCGGGUGUGUUGGCUGGCAACUGUACGUCCCCUUAUACUCCCCAUCGAUGUCCUGCAAGACGAUCAAAGAAGUUUAGCUGACAAGCGGUCAAAGCAACCGACCGCCUUUACCUUAGCAACGCACACCCUUCCACAGGCCAUUGAUGAUCCAACCCUCUUCUCCUCGAUCAGCCUCUAUUCCCAAGCUCAUCUCGCCUCCCCCCAGUCUAAUGCUGUUCCUCGCAAAUCGUCCUCGUUUCAUGAUCAAGCACCUACAUCUGAUUCAGUGCUCUUCCUUCGUGUCACUGCGGCGGCGGACUACUUUUCUCUUAAUAAGACACUAAUGGAGAAUGUCCCCCCGGUUGCAGCGGAUAUCAUCCUCGAUCCCUUUUUAUGGAACAUCUUCCCGCAGUCGCUGGUACCGACGGCAUGUUAUAUAUGUGUUGUUGGAUGCUUAGCGGUGGUGAUCGGAUGGUGGGUAUUGGGAGAGCUGGGAAGGGCUGUUGAUUACAUGAACUCACAGCACCCGGAUGAUAAGAAAGAUAACUAA